AUGCUAUUCCUCACCUGCCUGCUAUUCCUAUCGCACCUGCAAAAUGCUCUAUCACAGAUCAUUCCGCCAAAUGAACGCUGUGUGACAGCUGUAUACACAGCAUACGAUUAUAUUUCUUUCUCGGGCCACCCGAAUAAAGGCCUGUGGGCGCCACGAUGCCAGAAUCGGCUACGCGUGCUAUCAAUCUACGCCGCUUCCACCGUAUAUUGCUCAGACGCGGAAAGAGAAACAGGUCUCGCACUCCUUGAAGCCCAGUGUCGAGAAUACGCCGGUGUACACUUGAUUCCCCGGGAGGAGUUUGCCGCGAAUCUGUCGGAUGAAGUGAUCAGUCGGAUGCGGGUGGUUGAGUUUCGCGAGCUGCCGAAGAAGGAAAUCGUUGACACUCCUAUUCUGAUCUCCGAAUCGUACUACAGUCGUGUGUUCCGGACAAUUGAUGCCUGGCGAUUUGAGCUUUGGUCGCACUAUGCAUUUGGAUACCUGGGAUAUGCGUUUUGGGCCGUUGUGAUCGCCGUCGGAGCUCUGCACAAACUUGUUCUCCAUAUGAUUUGUUCAAAGCGAGCGCGAUCGCUGCCUUUUAUUACUCCGGUACUGUUGAUAUAUGACUGGAUACAAACCAAUUUGAUUAUUCCUGUUCCCCUCGCAUCGAGCAGACGUCGGCUGCUUUGGUGGACAUUCCCAGGACGCAUCCAUGCGAUCGUUGUCUUGCUUUUCUGGAUUCUGAGUAUUGUACUCUGCCUCGUCGGUUAUCGAACCUUUUCAGACAAUAUCUACUGGCCCGAAAUAUCGGCACAGCUCCUGCGGUAUGUAGCGGAUCGCACGGGGAUUCUCUCCUUUGCCAAUAUACCUCUUUUAUGGUUGUUCGCAGGCCGGAAUAACAUAUUGAUCUGGGCAACGGGGUGGAGCUAUUCGACUUUCAACAUUUUCCAUCGCCAUGUGGCUUGGAUAGCGACCCUUCAAGCAGUUGUGCAUACAAUAUCUUACACUGUCUUGUUCGUUCAAGCGGGAAAUGUUUGGAAGAAGAUGCAAAAGCCCUAUCUUCUAUGGGGGACACUGGCUAUGCUCGCCAUGAUAUUGAUCUCCCCAUUUGCGGUGGACUGGUUUCGACGCAGGACGUAUGAGACAUUUCUCGUCUUUCAUAUUCUCUUCUCUGCUGUCGCUCUUGUCGGUUGUUUCUAUCACGUCAUCAUAUUUGAAGAUCACGAAUACUGGUUCUAUCUCUGGCCGGCAGUUGUCAUCUGGAUAUCCGAUCGAGUCUUGCGCCUGAUUCGGAUUGUCUACUGCAACUUGCAUGUCGGACUCGGUUCGCACAGCCGUUUCCAAUGUACCGAAUGCGUCGCAACAUAUGACGAGGCGGCUGAUAUCAUUCGCCUGGAGCUGAUCCCCGCUCCAGGUCUGCAGCCAGCUCCGGGACAAUACUACUUUCUUUACCAACCCUUUCGGCUCACGGGGUGGGAAAGUCAUCCAUUCACACUGGGGUCGUGGUCAUAUGAAGAUGGCGCACCUCGAGCUCCAUGUCCCCGUAUGAAAAGCGAUUUCGGCGAUGUCUCGGAAAUUCCUCUUCUUCCCGGCACUCCCAGUUCGAACUCAGACUACGGCUCGAUCGACAAAUUAGCCGACCUACCAGAGCGCAAACUGGCACUGCAUUUCUGGAUCCGACCCUAUGACGGAUGGACUCGCCAUCUGCGCGAUCAAUGCUUGCAAUCACCAACCCGGAGAAUCCAGCCAAACAUCCUCCUCGAAGGACCAUACGGCGAGCAAUGUCCGCUCUGGAAGUACGAAUCCAUCCUAUUGAUCGCAGGCGGGACUGGGAUCGCCGCCGCGAUACCUUACAUCCAGGAUCACAUCAUCCGCUCUUCAAUCGGCGAGACUUCGACGCAGGACAUCCAUCUCGUCUGGACCGCUCGGCAGCCAGCGCUCAUGCGCGACAUUGCGGGAAGAGAGUUGAAGCAGGCGCUCGGCAGGGAGGUCUUCCGUGUCUCGUUUUAUGUUACUUCUGAGUCUAUGUCUCCGGCUGAGAUUAUGGAUGGUGUGGAAUUUAUGUGCGGACGACCCGACUUACAGGGGAUAAUUACAGCUCAUGCGGAAGAAGCGAGGCUUAGUAGUUCGUCUGUGGUGGUGUUGGUGUGCGGGCCUUCCGGGAUGGCUGAUCAGGCCCGCGCGGCUGUGCAUCAGGCUAUGCGGCGGGGAUGUCGAUCACUUCGAUAUCUGGAGGAGGCUUUUGAUUGGUGA